GUUGAACCGGCCAGAUUUUUAAAAUUCUAUAAUCAACAUUAAAACGGCGCCGUUUUAGUCCCAACAGAAAAAAAAACCCAAUGUUCAGCCCAAAAUGAGAACACCCUAAACCCUAACCCUUCAAUCUUCCACAAAACGCACAAAGCCUCAAAUUGACCAACCCUAACCCUAUCAGAGCAAAAUCAUCAAAGCUUUUCAGCCACCAUCAGUCCCCACCAUUCUCGGCGGUGACAACCAGUGAUUGCCAUCCUUGCUUCUCGAAGGUAUUCUUUCCUCCUUGCGUCGUCAAGCCCAAGGGUACCGUCAAGUCCGGACCUAUCCUCCUCGUCGUCGCCAGAAGUUCGUCAAGCCCAGAUCUGUCAUCGUCGUCGUCGAGCCCGAGGGUGCCACCGUUGCCGCCGAACGUUUCUGUUACUCGACGUCGCGAAUGUCUACUCAGCCCUGUUCUCCUCGCCGUCGCAAACGUGCCUGUUCUCCUCACCGUCGUUCCAGUGCCUCCAGAAGCUUCCUUCCUCCAACAAGAAGUUCACCUACGACUGCGACAACAACACCUUCAACUUCCUCGUCAAUAAUUGCUCCAGUUCCUAUUGCGUUUCUGGAGCUGAAUGUUAAAAUAGAAGUUGGUCAAUUAUUGUCGAACCGGGGACCGAUGUAAAAAGCGAAUCGGUUAUGUACCAAAACCGGAAAAUUCAGAAAUAGCUGUUGGAUAGUCGAACCGGUCGGUUGAAUCGAACCGGAACCCGGCCGGUUUUCUGAAAUUUGCUUAAAAUUUAAAACGGCGCCAUUGGUUAGAGGAACCCUAACCCUUAACCAAAACGGAAAACGCAGCACCCUCUUGGCCUCUCCUCUCUCACGGUCUGACUCGGCCACUCUCCUCUCUCACGGUCUGACUCAGCCACUCUCCUCCUUCCUAUCAUCGAGCUCCUCCCUCACUCCCUCACUUCCCUCUCUCUGGCCUCUGAACGAACACACUGAAGAACGCAGAGAAGAGAACUCAAACGCAGCUUGGAGGAAGCACCGAAGCAGCCCCUUCUGGUCGCCGUUCUUCAACGUCCAGCCACCGCCGCCGUCCGCAUUGCUACAGCUUUGGCUUAACGUCACCGUUGUUCGCCGUGCAUCCGCCUCCUUUUUGGUCAAGCUUCUGCCUCUGUUUUUUGGCCGAGCCUUGUUCUGCCCUUUUUGGCCAACCCUUGUUCUGCCCUUGUUCGAGUUGCUUAGCCUUCUGUUCAGCCUCUGUUCCGCCGCCUUUCAGCCACCGUUCUGCCGUUGUUCAGCCAUCUCCGUCGCGUCUUAAAGCUCCUCCCUCUCCCUGUACUGUUUGAAUUUCAGGACUGCUCCAUCCUAGGGCUUUUUGUUCGUCUCUUCUGAAAUUUGAGAUUAAAUAGCGAACCUGUACCUUGACAUACCCUAAAUCUGAAACAUGGGUGAGACUGAUCGAUGGUCAGACAUCCAUCCAGAUAUGUUGAACGAAAUUACAAAGCGGUUCUAUUCCUACGACGACCACAUCCCACUUCGACUGGUUUGCAAGGAAUGGAACCUCAAACUUGGAAGCAACGAAAUUCCGUGGUUGCUGUUACCUGAAGAAACUUUCAAGUCUAGUUUUGAUCAAGAGGAGGAGGAGAUCUACAGUCUGAUGCAUUUACCUGUUGCCGAUGAAGACAUACUUGAGACCAAGGUUCUUGAAGGGAAGGGAGUCUACCAUGCCAUGCUGCCAGGUAUGCAGAUGCUAGACAUCCUCAUCCGUGGUUCCUGUUAUGGAUGGUUGAUCACCCUAACAAGAUCCGAAGGUAAGAUGCAAAUGUUAAAUCCAUUUACAAAUAUGCAUUUCGAUCUUCCUCCACUGUCAACUUUUCCCAAUAUAAUCGAGUAUAAUCCUGGAAACGAUGAAUAUACUUGUUGGGAUUCUUUGGGCAAAAUCUCUAACCAAGACCGCGAUAGUUUGCACAAGCUCCAAGUUUGGAAGGUUGUCAUAAAUUCACCACCUAACAAUGAUAACAAAGAUUUUAUGGCGGUGGCUAUAUAUGGACCGCUCCAAAGAUUAGCCUUUUACAAACCUAACAACAAGAGAUGGUCAGACUUCACAAGAAACAUAUACUUCGAAGAUGUCAUAUUUUUCAAAGAGAAGAUAUAUGCAGACUAUGAUGGCCAGCUAUACGAAUUUGAUACAAACACAGAAUCAGGGACUAUGGGGGGAAUCUAUGCCGCACCUCCGAUUGGGUUUACCAGAUGCGCUUCUAAGCUGAAGUAUCUGAUUGGAUGUGACAAUGGAAACAUACUGAUGUUGGUAAGGAAAUUUGAUACAUUGAGGGGCACAGAAAAGGAACUCGAGACAAAGAAAUUUGAUAUCUAUGAAUUGAGAAAAGGUUCCAAAACAUGGUCAAGAUUACAUAGUUUAGGGAAUUUCAUAGUUUUGAUCAGACUCAAUUCCAGUGUCCAGAUGUUACCUACCAAUUUUCUAGGCAAAGGAAAUCAAAUUUACUACACGGAUGACUUAAUAGACCUGAAAUUAACAGACCAUGCUUCCACACGUGACAUUGGCAUCUUCGACUUGAAGAAUAGAAGUUUCCGAAGAAUAUUACAGGAUGUCAAGUUUUUCUGUCCUCCUGUUUGGUGUUAUCCCAAUCAACAUCUCUAGAUUUUUCGUUGUCUCUCUUCUCUGAUCAGAAAGCCAAAACCUUCUUACCUGGUGGAAGGUUAUCGGAGAAGAUCUUUGUCCAAUGGGUUGGAGUUAAUUUGGCAGCAAUCCCAAAACCACCAUUUAGGGGAAGAAAACGGAAAUGCUAGCUUCUGAUUGGAUGAUUAGGGUAAACAAUGGAUUGAGAACUCAUUGUCCCUCAGAGUUCAAAAUGACAUCCUCAAGCGCCUCUACCACACAGAAGAUGCUCCUCAAGAUAUGAUGGAGAUGAGGGCAGAAAUCGUGGCGAUGCUGAAUUCGCUGUCGCUGCACCGCUGGCGGCUUUCGUUCAUAACCCGUCGGAUGUGCAGGAGUUGAAGGCUAACAAGGAAGAAUUGCGAGUAAAAAAGUUAAAGGACAAAGAGGAAGUAGAGGACUUAACUCAGGAAAUGGCUGAGCUACGGUAUCGAACUCUCAUCCCUAGAUCUCAAGCUUCAUCUCUCCAACUCAAGUAAUCGUUGGCAGGAAUGGACCUUUGGUUGAUGGAUGGAAGUGGUCGAGGCCUAAUGGAGGGCAUGCAGGACUAACAUCAGCAUUGAAGACAUAAAACAUUUAAACAAAACAAGAAAGGGAUUUCAAUGCUGAGCAAUCUGCAAGGGCGAUUGAUGCAUACUGUAUGCUUAGCAAGCCUUUGUCUAGAGCAAUUUACAUGAUGAAGCUUGAUGGAGCAGGAACAAAAUAUUUCAGAUCUAGAAUUAUUAGCUGAGGUCUUCUUGCGGAGGGAGAAAACAUUCGGCCAAGGCAGAAGAAGAAGGGGCAGUACUGCAGUAGUUAGAAAUUGGCCGGUCUUCUUGCGGAAGGGGAAACGGAUCGGUCAAGGCGGAAGAAGAAGGGGAGGCAGUUGGAAGUUGGCUGGUGACUCUUCAAAGAUACAUUCCAAUCAAAGAGAUUCUAAUUUAAUAUGAUGGUCUCAAGAGGGAAGAUGACACAGUUCUCUUUUGAAGAUGAUACUGUUUCAGAAUCCACACUCCCUCUGCAUCAACUCCAACUUGAGAUUUCUGCAUUGGAGGUACCUACUACUACUAUUACACUUACUAAAUUGAGACAUUGGGAAAUUAAUCUAUUACAUGAAAUUUUUUAAUUAGUUUCCAGUGGUUUUGAAGGUGUGUUUUAUGCAAAAAGAAUUUAAAAUGACUUAUAAGAACUCAUUCAUUUGUUGUGCAUCUAUUUAACUUUUGAGUUCUUUUAAUAGUCUAAGUUGUCAAAGAAAAUUGUUCUAUAGUAGCGGUUUUUUUAUAGUGACUACUAAUUUUAUUAUUGUUCUCAUUUUCUUUUGUCGGAUUGUUUCCUUCAAAGUCAAAGCUCCAUGCCUCCUUGCAUUCUUUCUUUUUUCAGGGGAUGACUGCAAGAUUAAGCCUACAUAUAAAGACAUAAAUGUAGUAGUGUUUCUAGAGUUUGUUUAAGGAUUUGGUGGACAAAUUUGAAAAUAUUAAAACUCAGCUCAUUUAAAAGGGCCGUUUUCUUGCUA